AUGGCGUCUGUAAAUUUUGCAGGAUUAAUACUGUGUUUUAUCUUCAUUUUUCUUUCCCUACAUAGCCCUGCUGCAAAUGGAAAUGAAGGAACAGGAGAAUAUGCGUCUUUUCACUAUGAUGUUCAUGAGGAUAUUUCUACUGCUCCUCUUGAAGUUAAUGGAAGAAAGAGUAUAGGAGGAAGAAAAAUUCUGUUAAAAGAAUCGUCCAUGCGCAAGGUCGAGAAAGAGAAAGGACAAGAAAAACCAUCAAGUAUUUCAGGGAAAUAUAGACCUGCUUACCAGAAGAACAGUGAUGAAAUAUUCAAGCAAAAGAGACAGAAAUCUGAAGGCAUAGGGGCUCCAAGUGAUCCCAACACUGGAAAUGGAAACAUGUUUCACAAAAGUAAUCACAAAACUCGUGAAAAAGAUGAUUCGCGUGCAUUUCUUGAGGCAGCGGACGAGGUUGUAAACCUGAUGCGCAAGGACUAUAAGGGUGCAGAUUGGCCUCGCCGGAAGCCACCAAUUCAUAAUCACGAGCCAACAGAUUAA